AUGCUGGCACAUGGAAAGCGAGCACCAGCCCUUCGUCGGUUUUUUUCAAGUGCCAGAACCUGUAAUGCCGACUUUACCCAUGCGGUUAUUGGCGGCGGCGUCGUCGGACUUGCAGCUGCUCGCCAAUUAGCAGCACGCGAAGGUACUUCGACUCUUCUUCUAGAGAGACAUGGAAUGCCAGGGAUGGAGACGAGUAGUCGCAACUCUGAAGUCAUACACGCAGGAUUGUACUAUCCUCCAGACUCCCUGAAAACGAAACUUUGCAUUAAAGGCCGAAACAUGCUUUAUGAGACAUGUGCCAAAUACGAUAUUCCCCAUCGCAACACCAAGAAAUGGAUUGUUGCCCAAACAGCUGAAGACUGGGAAGUGUGUCUCCGACUACAUAAACAUGCUCAAGCUUUAGGCGAUGCACCAACUCGAUUCGUCACCGCCGACGAGGCAGCCCGCCGCGAACCAGAUGUCAAAGCCGACGCCGGUAUCGUCGAAAGCCAAUCAACCGGUAUCGUAGAUAGUCAUACCCUAAUGACCUUUUUACGCGGUGACUUUGAAGAUCGCGGCGGCGACUGCGUGUUGAGAACCCGUGUCACAGAUGUGGAGUACAUCCCCGGUGAGGGAUAUAAAAUCACCGCUGUCUCAGACGAAGACGGCUCCGUGACUUCCAUCACAACCGAAACACUUGUAAACAGUGCCGGACUUGACGCAUGCACCAUUAAUAACCUCGUCCUCCCAACAGAACGACACAUUAAACCUUACUACGCGAAGGGAACUUAUUUCUCAUACGCCUCUUCUCGUCCUCGUACCAGUGUUCUCGUUUACCCUAUAACUAAACCUGGCCUUGGUGGGCUCGGUACCCAUCUCACUUUAGAUAUGGGUGGUCGAAUCCGUUUUGGUCCUGAUGUGGAAUGGGUCGAUAAUCCGCAUGAUUUGACCCCUAGCUCUGCGCGUUUGGAGCAGGCUCUUCCUGAAAUUUUGGCUUAUAUGCCUGGUGUGAAUGUGGGAUCUAUUGCGCUUGAUUACUGUGGUAUUCGGCCUAAGUUGAAUGACGGGUCUAAGUUUCAGGACUUUGUGAUUCGGGAAGAGGAAGGGUUUCCGGGUUUUGUCAAUUUGUUGGGUAUUGAGAGCCCUGGGUUGACGAGCUCGUUGGCUAUUGGUGAAAGGGUUGGUGAUAUAUUAUACAAAUAG